UCUUCCCUGGGUCCUGCUUUUCUGCCCUCAGUUAACAGAACAGCCUUCCACUUGUUAAGUCAUGCUAACUGGAUCUUGGACUUAUUGCUCAGCUAUGCAAUAGAGAGGAGGAUUAGCUAAGCACCAGAGCAAGGACCUGUACUUUUGUCGUUUCUUUGAUCACUUUUAACAACGAUUCUUCUUUGUCUUCUUCACUUGUGUUCCUACAUUUGUGCAACUACUCUCAACAAUGACCAUGUUAUCAGAGGACCAGCCUGUAAGGCCCCAACCCUGCAAGCUCCCGGAACCGGGCAAACACGUCACCACAUCUUUGCAGCAGUACACCACAGACUACCCUGACUCCAAAGAGGACUACAUGACCAGCGGAGAGAGCACCGUGUUUGGGAUUGUGGAGCCCCCCAGACGCUCUCGAGGUCGCCUUAUCCUGCACAGCCUCGUGAUGUUUGGUCGGGAGUUUUGCUACGCUGUUGAGGCAGCCUUUGUGACUCCGGUGCUGCUGAGCGUGGGCCUUCCUCGCAGUCUGUACAGUCUCGUGUGGUUGAUCAGCCCCAUCCUAGGUUUCCUACUGCAACCUGUUAUCGGCUCGGCCAGCGACUACUGUCGCUCCCCUUGGGGGCGGCGGAGGCCUUACAUCCUGGUCCUUGGCAUCAUGAUGCUGAUAGGGAUAAGCAUGUUCCUCAAUGGAGAUGCUUUCGUUUCAGCGCUGAUCAGUGACAGGUCAUUGAAGAGCAUCUGGUCCAUCGUCGUGGUGAUGUUUGGGGUCGUGCUGUUUGACUUCGCUGCUGAUUUUAUUGACGGCCCUAUCAAGGCCUACCUGUUUGAUGUGUGCUCACAUUCAGACAAGGAGAGAGGUCUGCACUACCAUGCUCUGUUCACAGGACUGGGCGGAGCUUGUGGCUACCUGGUGGGAGCGAUGGACUGGGGUCACUCUGUUCUCGGUCGUCUUUUGGGCUCCGAGUACCAAGUCAUCUACUUCUUCUCGGCACUCACCUGGGGCUUCUUCCUCACCGUGCACCUGUUUAGCAUUCCAGAACAAUCUCUGUGCAAGGACCCCUCAGUGUCUGACUGCUCCUCUCCCAGUGCCCUCCACUUACUGGGCUCCCACAGCAAUGGUUAUGGAGCACUCAGUAAGGAGCCCAGCUCUACCGCAGCCCCCACAUCUGUUUCAGACGUCAGGCCAAGAUCCUAUUCAGCUUUGGGCGAAAGGCCGCGAUCCUUCUCAGCUCUGGGAGAAGCUAACGCAGUGACAUCCAGUUCCAAGCAGCCAAACAAGGAGCAGAAGAAGAUGACAUUCAGGUCCCUGAUGAAAGCUAUAAUCCACAUGCCAAACCACUACCGCUGCCUGUGCAUCAGUCACUUGCUGGGAUGGGCGGCUUUUCUCUGCAACAUGCUCUUUUUUACUGAUUUCAUGGGACAGAUUGUUUACAAAGGAAAUCCUUAUGCGGAACACAACUCUACAGCCUACGCCACAUAUGAGAGAGGUGUAGAAGUUGGCUGCUGGGGAUUGUGUAUUAAUGCUGUGUCUUCUGCGCUCUACUCGUACGUGCAGCGCUUCCUGCUUCCAUACAUCGGCUUCAAAGGAUUAUACUUCAUGGGCUACUUUGUGUUCGGCAUGGGAACCAGCCUAAUCUGCCUCUUCCCGGAUGUCAUUGCCACACUCAUCCUCUGCAGCGUGUUUGGCGUCAUGUCCAGCACACUCUACACAAUCCCAUUCAACUUAAUUGCAGAAUAUCAGCGUGAGGAGGAGGAACAACCAAAGCUACAAGGCGGCAAUAAAAGCCCCCGAGGCACCGGCAUGGACUGCGCAGCACUCACCUGUAUGGUCCAGCUGGCUCAGAUUAUUGUGGGAGCGGGGCUCGGAGGUCUGGUCAUCGCAGCUGGAAGUGUAAUUGUGGUUGUCCUGUCAGCCUCCGCUAUGUCUUUGAUAGGCUGCAUUUUCAUUGCUCUCUUUAUCAGAUAUGUGGAAUAAUACUGCUAUAAAAUUCAUUUAAUGGUGUUGUGUUAAUAAAUAAAUAAAUCCUCCGUGUUGUAUUGUUAAA